UUACAUCUGAGGCGUUUAAAGACUCUGUUUGUCCAUUAUUUAUUUCUAAAGAUACCCGACAAUGUAUAAAGGUCUCCAUUACCCUCUAUGUUACAUUAUGGCCCCGUAUAAACAGUUUUUGUAAAAAAUAGGCUAACGAUUGCGUCAUAACCACUCGGCUCUCUGUCGCAUUACCGUACAGACAGGAGGAGAAGCUCGCAGGCAAUUAACUUAAUAUGGCGUACUGGCGUUACAUUUUAAAAUACUAUACAAAAUAAUUAAUCAGAAUACUUACUCCUGCUCACUCACGACAAAGAACUCCACGCUCAAGCUCGCCGUCUCUGCAAGAUUAACGAUGGCAGUUUGCACGCACAGCCACUUAGAAGAUUUACAUAUGGCAGACAGGUUGCUGACUUCGUCAAGCUUCGUUUGAGUCUGCGCGUCAGAAACGGAAGUGCUAAAAAACGCUAAAACUGGGCUUCAUUUGUCUCAAUUGAGUUCCAAUGGGGUCGCUGUGUCCAUUUCUUUUACUGUCUAUGGGCGUACCUGGACCUGAUGUCAAUCGUGUGGAAAGUACAGCCCACUACUUUCAGUUCAGAGAAGAGAGCGGAAGGAUAGCUGAAGCCCUUGGCAAAAGACCAACACCCGCUACAGGGAAACAACCGCGCUCGGAAUCACAAAUCAAAUCCGAUAAGAAUACCAGAGUAAACAUCGGCACUGCUUUUAAUCGCUGGAGACAACUGAUGGACCUGAAAUAAAUGAGUUCUUGCAUCAAUAACCACGGAUUAUGAAUGAAUGACCUUCUGACUCCUCCCCUUGACUGCAACUGCAUACGUCUGUUAACAUUCAAGAAUGAAAAACUUGUGGCUUCACCUGAAACUGAAAAACAUCAUCCUUUCUAUUUUAGCACUGGUGGUACUUAGUUUUUCUGUCACAUUUUUAACUGUAAAUGAAAGAGGAAGACAGAAAACUAGAGUGUUUGAGAGGCCACGUCUGACAGUACAAUAUAAAAUUAAUUGCACAGCCAUAUAUGAAAUGGAGCCAGUGGAAGUGGGCAAAACUUUAGCCAUUCGCAAUCAAAAAAGCUAUGUAGGGCCAACCGAUGAGGCUAUUGUGAAUUCUACCUCUGAUUGUGAUGAAUUUGUGUCACAAGGUUAUGAUGCGAUUCAAGGCACUGGGUUUGAGCAUGAAUUUCCCCUUGCAUAUUCUUUGGUUGUUCAUCAGGAUGCUGCCCUUGUGGAGAGGUUGCUGAGGGCCGUUUAUAUGCCUCAUAACAUAUACUGCAUACAUUAUGAUCUGAAGUCCUCAGAUGACUUUAUUUUAGCAAUGAAAGGUCUGGCCCGCUGCAUCCCCAACGUCUUCAUUGCCUCAAAGCUGGAGAGGGUGCAGUACGCAGGCUUCUCACGACUCAAAGCCGAUCUUAAUUGCCUGUCUGACCUCCUAGAUUCUGAGGUCAAGUGGAAGUAUGUCAUCAACCUGUGUGGUCAGGACUUUCCACUGCGGACAAACGCUGAGCUGGUGUCGGAUCUAAAAGAGCUGAAAGGCAAGAACAUGGUGGAGAGCAAGUGGCCUGGAGGAAAGCAAUGGCGCUGGACUUAUCAUCAUUUGCUGAAAGAUAGUAAUUCAGAGUAUUACGGCUCACCUGUCAUCACUUCUGAAAUGAAAUCUCCACCUCCUCACAACAUAGCCAUGUUUGUGGGCAGUGCAUAUUUCACACUUUCAAGAGAAUUUGUGGUUUUUGUGAAUCAGAGUUCCAUAGCCAGUGAUUUCUUGGCUUGGUCUGAGGAUACAUACUCACCUGAUGAACAUUUCUGGGCAACUAUGAUUCGUGUGUCUGGAGUACCAGGGGAAGUGCCAAGUUCUGACCCUGAAAUCUCAGAACUAGUAAGUAAAACCCGUCUGACGAAGUGGUGGUCUUUAGAAGAGAAACUUUACCCACCAUGCACUGGAGUCCGUGUGCGAGAAGUGUGUAUUUAUGGUGCUGCUGAGCUAAGAUGGCUCCUAAACUACGGCCACUGGUUUGCUAAUAAAGUGGAUCCAAAAGUGGAUCCUGUUCUUAUGGAAUGUUUAGAAGAAAAACUUGCAGAAAAACGUGUGCAGAGAGAAGUAUAAAUAAUGCAUUCUCAGUCUGGAGAUCAAUACUGGACGUCAGGUUGUGUGAUGUAAGUUAUUCUCUGACGCCACCUGCUGUGAACAAAAGAAUGGAGCAUGCGUUGGUUCAUCAAUGAAAUAUUGCAUUGUUUACCAUAUUACCUGUGCAAAAUAGCUACAAAUUCAAAUAAUCGCUUUAAGUAAAAAAAAAAAAAAUUGUUUUUAAAUCUAAAUAAUACCUUGUCCUAAAUCUUGUGUCCGUUGGAAAUCAAGCUCCAGUUUUAAGAAUAUUUAUUUUUAUGUUUGAAAGAGACUUUUAAAAUUAUUAUCAUUAUUAUUAUUAUUAUUAGGAUUUGUUAUUGUUAUCACGGCUAUCAUGGCUUUAAGUUCAAUAAAUACAAAUGUUAACCCAAUGGAAAAAAGAAGUAAGUCCUCUGUUACCAUCUGUUUCAUAUGCAUAGUUUUAACUUAACGCAGCGACAUUAAACAAUUUUGCACCAUGAAUGUACAAAUAUUUGUCAUGCAAAUAAAGUAUCUUGAAACUGAAA